CAAAGGAUGGGAAAACGAAGCAGAGUGAACCAAACCACCCUUUCAGACUUCCUCCUUCUAGGGAUCUCUGAGCGGCCAGAGGAGCAAACUCUCCUGUUUGUCAUCUUCCUGGGCAUGUACCUGGUCACUAUGAUGGGAAACCUGCUCAUCAUCCUGGCCAUCACCUCUGACCCUCACCUCCAUACUCCCAUGUACUUCUUUCUGGCCAACCUAUCAAUAACAGAUGCCUGCUUCACUUCUGCCUCCAUCCCCAAAAUGCUGGUCAACAUGCAUACUCAGAGUCAGACCAUCUCCUAUUCUGGGUGCUUUGCACAGCUGUAUUUUCUCCUUGUGUUUGGUGGCCUUGACAACUUACUUCUGGCAGUGAUGGCAUAUGACCGCUAUGUGGCCAUCUGUCAGCCACUUCAUUACAGCACAGCUAUGAGUCCCCAACUCUGUGCAUUAAUGUUGAGCAUAUGCUGGGUGCUAACCAACUGUCCUGCACUGACACACACACUGUUGCUGACCCGUGUGGCCUUCUGUGCCCACAAGGCCAUUCCCCACUUCUUCUGUGAUCCCAGUGCUCUCCUGAAGCUUGCCUGCUCAGACACCCGCCUUAACGAGCUGAUGAUCAUCACCAUGGGCCUGAUGUUCCUCACUGCUCCCCUCCUGCUGAUUGUCCUCUCCUACGUCCGCAUUUCCUGGGCUGUGUUUGGCAUCUCAUCUCCUGGAGGGCGGUGGAAGGCCUUCUCGACAUGUGGAUCUCACCUCACAGUGGUCCUGCUCUUCUAUGGGUCUCUUAUGGGUGUGUAUUUACUUCCUCCAUCAACUCACUCUGCAGAGAGGGAGAGCAGGGCUGCCAUUCUCUAUAUGGUGAUUAUUCCCAUGCUGAACCCUUUCAUAUACAGCUUGAGGAAUAAAGAUAUGAAUGAGGCUUUGAGUAAACUCUUCGGCAGUGGGAAAACCAUCUUUAUACCAUGA